AUGGCAAGUAAGAAGAAAGAAAUUCAACUACAGGCAGUAAUACUCAAUCAAACACAAUGGGAUGAGAUGCUGCUAAAUAAAGGUCUAACAGUGGUAGAUGUUUAUCAGGCAUGGUGUGGACCUUGCAAAGCUGUAGUAAACUUGUUUAGGAGGCUAAAAAAUGAAUAUGGUGAAGAUAAUCUUCUACAUUUUGCUGUGGCAGAGGCUGAUGGUGUGGUGACCCUGCUCCCAUUUAAAGAUAAAUGUGAACCUGCUUUUGUCUUCUGUCUGGAUGGCAAGAUAAUAGAUAUUGUAAGAGGAGCAAAUGGACCUCUUCUAAAUAGAAAAGUAAUAGAACUAAUUGAACUAGAAAGAAAAAUUGUAGCCGGAGAAGUGAAAAGACCAGAGAUUAUUGAAGCGGGCUCCGUCAUUCUUGCAGAAGAGAAGAAGAUUUUAACUGAUGAGCAAGUUAGGAUUUUUUAUGAAAGCAAAUCAGAAGAGCCUGAUUUUGAAGACUUUGUUUCAUAUAUGCUGUCUGCACCCUCCUAUAUUCUGAUAAUAUCUGAAAGAAAGCAUGGCCCAAGAUCUGAGUAUUUAAUUUUGAAGAUAUUGAAGAUAAAUUUGAAAGAGAUGUUGCAAAACCAAGACCUGUUACAUCACUGUGAUAUUCAGGAUCGUGUUGAAGAAACAAGCAGGCAACUUGCCUUCUUUUUCUCUGAUUUUUCCAAGCAAAGGAGUGAAAAAGUUGUUGAACGAACGGUGGCAUUGAUCAGACCUUCUCUUUUAAAAGAAAGAAGAGAAUCUAUUCUGAAUAGAAUUGUAGAAAAUGGCUUUGAAAUAGCCAUGCAAAAGGAAAUCAUCUUAUCAGAAGAACAAGCUCGUGAAUUCUACCGAGAACAUGAAAAUCAAGAUUAUUUUCCAUUUCUUUUGGAACAAAUGACCAGUGGGCCAACUCUUGCUCUUGCUUUGGUACGAGAGAAUGCAAUCCAAAACUGGAGGGAUUUAAUUGGCCCAAAGAUAGUCCAAGAAGCAAAGGAACAAUAUCCCCAAAGUUUACGUGCUGAGUUUGCAGUCCAUGAUUCUCCAAUCAAUCAGCUGCAUGGCAGCGCAAACAUGAAUGAAGCUACAAAGGAAUUACAAUUCUUCUUUCCUGUACAAAACACUAUGGCUCUCAUUAAACCCUCUGCUUUUGAAGAGAAAGAUAAAAUUAUAAAUGAAGUAAAAGAUGCUGGAUUUCUAAUCUCAGAAUUGAGAGAAGCACACAUAAGUCCUGAAAUAGCAGCACAAUUUUAUCAAGAUCAUGAAGAUAAGCCAUAUUAUAAUCAACUAGUGGAUUAUAUGUCAAAAGGCCCAUCAAUGGUCAUGGUUCUAACUAAAGAAAAUGCUGUGGAGGAAUGGCGACAAUUAAUGGGACCAACAGAUCCAAUGAAAGCAAAAGAAACACAUCCUAAUUCAGUACGUGCUAAAUUUGCAACUGAUAUUAUGCACAAUGCUGUUCAUGGGUCCUCAAAUGAGGAACAUGCUAAAAAAAGCAUUACCUUUAUCUUUGGAGAUAUUGAUUUAGAGAGCCUAAAGUACAAAUACAUUUAUAUGUAA